AUGGCACAAUCAUUCUUCGGAACCAUGAAAUCAACAGCCUUGAGUUUUUUUAAGGGAGUGGAUUCUACAAGUAAACCAGAUAAUACUUCAGAUAAACCAGAUAAACCAGAUAAUGAUUCAGAUAAAGCCGAUAUUGCUCGCAUCGCAUUUCAAGAACCAACUUGUCAACCCAAAAUAAGCUCAUCCUCGCCAUUUGAAUUAUUACCAGCUUUGCUUCUUGGGUCUUCUUCACUCGAGCCAUAUCCAUUGACGGUUGAUUUGCCUACAUUCACCGGUCCACAGGCACUUGAAAAGCCAAAUCUUGCGCCAGCAAUUGAGGACCCUCUUUCUGAACCUUUUUGUCCUUUAGCAUUUUCGUCAAACCUUUGCAUAGAUGAGACCACACUAGAGGAUUCAGUACCGCUCAAGUCUGCCUUGACUCAACUUGCUAACCCAAACCUCGAAGAAGAAGUUUCCAGACUCCGUACUCACACGGAGCAAUAUUGCCGCAGGCUCAUCAGAGAAUCUCAAGCUGAUAGUCUGCAACUCAACAUGACUACGGUCAUAGCUUGGGAACAAGAACACAAAUUUGCUGCUACCCAUAGGGAUAGUAGAGUGAAAUGGAAAGGGGAUGAAGUAUCCAAUUUGGAUGUGGGUGAAAAAAAUGAAGAUUUUAUGAGAAAAGUGAGCCAGGAAAGAGCCCACGAAAAGAAAGUUAUUAAUUUUUUCAAACAAUAUAAUAAAAAGAAGUUGACAGAGGAGAAACUAGAAAAAGAAAAAAUGAUUGCCGAGACCAGAAAGAGAAUGAACAAAAUUGAGAGCUUUGAAAUUGAAACGCAAGCUCCAGAAUUGACAUCCAAGAAUUCGUUAGAAGGAGAAAUAGGGAAGGUGUUUUUAGGAGACAAUAGGCACUUUAUGCCGCUAAGCGAUAAGUUAUCAAGAAAAAUAGGCAAAGUUCUCAGCAAAAGUGAGGCAGCCAAUGGUUUAGAAGAAGUGAUAUCAUCUAAUAUGUUGCGAAAGGAUAUCCCAUUGGGAGAUAAAAAAAUAUGUGGGAAUUCCGGCCAAGCAGAAAUUAUCCCAUCUAAUAUUAGCCAAUCAAUGAAAGAUGCCUUCCAGAGACCUGCCAAAUCUGAAAACGUUGAAAGGUUUUUGAAGUUCUCAGAAAAUUUAUGGAGAGCCACACGCAUAAACUACACUGUAAAUGACUACAGUGAGGUUGCCAAGGCAAACAUUCUUUUGAUGGUUGCGAAAUACAAUUUGACCUUUGGCAAAAAUAGUGAGCUUGAGUUGGUUUCCAAAAACCAAAUUUCCAAUUUGGGGGAAUCCAAUAUCGUUAGUAGUGAUGGCCAUAUUGACAGUACUAAAAUCACUUCUGACAGUAACAGCAUUCAAUCAUCAAAUGUUGCAGACUGUUUUAGUAAGGAGACUUUCAAAGGGGUUAAUAGUAGCCAUUCUGUCACUAGAAUCACAACUCCUGAUGUAAUUGAUACGAUGAACCAUGGUAGUGCAUUGAAAUGUGCCAUCACUGAAAAAACUCCAAUGAAGGGAAGUUAUAUACAAGAAUCAUCAAGAGCGAGAGAGAUAUUGCUUUAUGGGGCUUGUUCGCAGAAUGAAUUUUUAAUAUGA